AUGGCGCAGGCGGCGUGGCCGUGGGCGUGGCCGUGGCUUGCCUUGCUGUUUGUCUGUGGCGGCUCUGCAAAGCCCGCGCUUGACGCGCUUGACUGCGAGGCUCUGCAAAGAAAUGUCGAAUUGGAUUUACACGGGCACGACGGGAAUUGGAGAAAAGCGAUUGCUGCUGUGGCCAAUGGGGCCAGCUCAGGCUGUGGAAGGUCCUUCUUCUAUUUGGGUGCGCUUCUGGCACUUGGUGAGCCCGAAGUUGCGCAAUUCGCACGCUUCAGAGUAUCUCGCGAUGGUAGCAUCGAGUUUCAGUGGGCUUCGCUUCCCGAGUCUCAAACGGAGAGCCUGGAUCGGCCGCUGCUUGCAUAUUACAUCGGAGCCGAGAAAAAAGAUGCAUUCUCGACACUGGCCCUCUCAAACUACAUGCUGAAGGGCCUGAUGCUGGGCGCCACCAGGUGGUGGCAAGGUUCCGCAAAUCAGAUUGGUGUGCCAGCGAUCAGCCGGAUCCCACACGGGCAUGGGUCAGGAAACUCAUUGUGUCCAGUUGUCUUGCGAGCGCUGGAGGUUGUGGCCGAGACGGCCGCCUCAAAUGAAGACAAAGGAUCCGAUGUCAGCGUCUUGCAAUUCUACAUUCGGAAUGCUACAGAAGGCCGUCGGGCCAAAAAAGAGCUGCAAGACUGGAUGCUGGCGCGAUCGCGUGAUGGAUGGGGGCCGGCGAAGUAUGUGCAGUCGGCCCUGUUCUUGCAUGGAGAUGAAGAUCUCGGUGUGCCUCGAAAUACCUCGCAUGCUGCUAUGCUGCUAGAUUCUGUUGCUCAGGAUGGAAGUGCAGAAGCAUCCUGGGCGGCACUGCUACUGCAUGCCCGACAAAGCAACGCGAGUGGCAUUCUGCAUUAUGCCGAGCAAGUUCGUGACUCUGACGCCCCACAGCUUCAGAAAGUCAUGGCACAGCAUUACUUACACCUCUAUGGCUCCAGGAAUGCCAGCCUUGCUGGGGUUUACUUGCUUGCCGCAGCCGAUCUUGGAGAUCCUAAUGCGCAGCAAAUGGUUGCACACGCCUACGCUGGGCUGAAUGUGCCAGAGCUGUCCAACAUCAAGAUUCCAGGUGCUCCCAACGAAGCUCGGGCAUUGCAGUAUUACGGGCUUGCUGCACGGCAAGGACGGCCAGUGUCAGCCAUCAACGCAGUUUCGCUGAUGUUGCGCAGGAGUCGUGACACGAGCCAGAGCUGCAGGACUGCGGCAGCAACUCUGCAGAGCGUAGCAUUGUCUUUCCAUCCU